AUGGCUACCGCCGGCGAGGACGCGGAUGAACAGACUGCACAGGAUGCGCGACGAUUGCUGAUGGCCCCUGAUGCCGGCUGCGUGGAGGUCUUGUCGCCGGGGUCGAAUCGAUGGAAGCGCAAGCGCCUGCUGGCUAGAAUGGAUCUCAGGUGGAUCAGCGCUAAGGGCGAGGCAGGCCUGCCCGAGGACACCAAGGCCUGGGUGGGCAAGGGGCACAGCAUGGCGCUGGUGCGGGGCCACACGGAAGUGAUCUACAAGGAGGGGGAGCGCGAGUGGGCGGUGAAGCUUGGGGAUGUCAGGCAGCAGUUUAGAGCGGAGACUGCAGAAAUUGCGGCCCAGUGGGUGGCCGCGCUGCGAUGGCGAGUGCAGCCGUGGAUCGAUCUGCUCAAGGGCCAGAGUGUCGCUAGCAAGGGACUCGGAGAUUUGCAGGAGCGAGAGCCGACGGGUUGGCCCCUUCGCGCGCAUCAGCUGGCCACGGCCCAGUCGGUCGUGAGCGUGCUGGACAACGCUGCAGGAAUUGUGAAGGACACACUGGGCCCCUUGCCCGUCGUCGGUCCGGCCCUUUCUGUGCUGGGCUUCGCCCUGGAGGUGGCAGGAAGAGUCAAGUCGGAUUCGGACAGCCUCCAGCCGGCGCAAACCAGGCUGGCCCGAAUCGCGGAGCGCACUUUGGAGACGCUGCAGCGGGUUGUGCAGGGGCAGGCUGAGAGUCGGUUUGAGGAGCUGUCAGAGCUGCUGGGUGUGAUAGAAGAGGGCGCCCGACAACUUGAGAGUUUUGAGUACCAGUCAACCGUGCAGAUGGUGGUGCACGGCGUGUUUAAGGGGAGGCCAGGGCCGUCUGCAGUUCUGGACUUGGCUUCAGAGUGCGAGCAGCGCCUGUCAACUUAUGAGCAACACGACACGAACAAGGCGGUCCACGAGUUGGCAAACACAUUGUUGCCAAGAGUGGUGUCAAGGGCAGUGUCCAUAAUUCGCAAGGAGGGCAGCCAUCCGUCUCCAUACACACCUUGCAGACCGGAUGCAGUCGGGCAGGAUUUGCAGGUAUCCCUCAUCACAGAGAUUUUGCUAGGCGACGAGAAUACCUACGUGGCCCUCAUAGGCAUGGGGGGCAUAGGCAAGACCACACUUGCGCAGUCGAUCAUGCAUGAUGAGCGGAUAAAAACCAAGUUUGCGAAAAAUGAGAAAACAGGUUGCCUUGGCUUGGCGUUCGUCACGGUUUCACAGGAACCUGAUAUCACGAAAUGCCACAAGAGAAUAUGGGAUGUCCUCGUGGGAGAAAAAGCAGAGUUUUGCAGUGUUGAAGAUGGCAAGUUGCAGUUGCGAGCAAAAUUGCAGGGCAAGACAUAUCUUCUUGUGUUGGACGACUUGUGGGAAGGGAUGGACAUGAUGCACCUCGAUGUCGCAUCAGCAAGUGGCCAUGUGUUGAUCACUUCACGGAAUGACAAAGUUGCUGAAGUUGUGCGCGCAAGGCGCCAUGAUGUCACAUGCUUGGACGAAAACGAGUCGCAUGAAUUGUUCCGCAAGCACGCCUUUGGUGAAGACAAGCCAAAGAGGUGGCAAGAAAAGCAUAUCAAGGCCAUUGUUGAAAAAUGUGGGGGUUUGCCACUUGCUCUGGAAAUCAUGGGAAAGGUGGCGAACAGCAUAAGAGCCACAGGGGGCCGUGAGGAGAAGGACAUGUGGAAGAACGCCGUGGAUGCCCUUACAACGAGCUCAUGGUUCCAAACAGCUGUGGUCGAUCGUGUGUUUGGUGUAAGUUUCAACAGGCUGGACCCCGUGCAUCAGAGUGUGUUGCUGGACUUGGCGACAUUGCCUGAAGACUACCGUGCUAGUGAGUGCGACGAGGCAGAACUGCAGAAGUGCAUAGGAACGUGUGAUGAUGAGGGCACAGUGCGAAAGGUGUUGAGGGAACUUGAAGACCGAGCGCUGAUCAAGCAAGGAGGAUAA